GUUGUAUUAGAUCAUGAUGCGGUGCUACCGGUACCUAACAUGGUCUCAGAGACAACAUUGAUGCGAGAUGCAAUAGGGUCAUUUGUUGCAUGGCCCUCGGAGCUCAUUAUCAUUGGUGAUGAGACUGCUCCUACAAAACCCGCAAUUAAGGGCAAAGGGAUUUUACAGGAGGAGGAGUCUGUUGCAUCACUAAAAGAGGCAUCUGCUCGGGAGUCACAACAAGUGACACAGGUCGUUCGUAGCGUACCGCCUAAGGGUCCUCCGAAGCAAGCGGCAAAAAAAGGUGGUGCUUUUUUUCCUCGAUACCGGACGACGCUCGGAACACUUGUUGAUAUGUCCGAUUUGAAGGAAGGUGCUCUCCGUCAAAUCAAUAUGGAGGAAGGUAUCUUUGGUGUUGAAUUCAUUUCACAUAUUGCAAUAGAUGACUUGGAAGAGAUUUUUACGCAAGAACAACUAGGCGUCGCUAAUAUGCACUCGUACAUCCGGUAAUAUUCACUCAUCCGAUAUAUUAUUUAAUUAGUCGAACAAUUUAUUUACACAUUAUGUUUAUUAUG